AUGCCGCCGUUUACGACUCCGAGGGCCGAGGCGCGUCGCCAUCAGCAGCUACAACAGCGGCAGCGGAGCCGCGCGCCGUGGCUCGCCGGCUGGAAUCGUCAGUGCCUCGCAGCGCUCAAUCUAGACGUCGCCUGGGCGCGCUUCGUCAAGGCAGUCGGCCGACGGUUAGAGUCCCCAAACCGGCCGGCUAAGUCAGGUUACUAUGCCGGCUGCUACGGCUGCCUAGCCGGCGUAGCGUUAGUCUGCGCGCUGCUCGUCGUCCUCCCACUCAUUCUCCAGCGCCGCGCAUUCCUCUCCCCCUCCGCCUUGCGCGCCGCGACCUCCGUCGACCGCGAGGCGCUGGCGGUGGCGGUGGAGCGGCGCGGGCCGUACAUCGACUCCGCCGACAUCAGCGCCGCCGCCGCGUGGCCCUCCGCGCUCGACGACCUGCCUCCCGCGCGCGAUGCUUCCGCGCGCGAGUCAGACGCGCGCGCGCGCGGCAAGGGGGGAGCGGGUGGCGAGGGAGUGACAGGGGGGAAAGGGGAGGGUGAAACGCGGGAGGAGCGGCGGGGUUUGCAAGGGGGGGAGCAGCAGGGGGAGGGGGAGCGGAGAAGCGGAUUGGACGCGGAGGGGGGCGCGGAGGCAGCGUGUGCGUCAGGAGGCGCGGGGUGCCCGUACCCCGACAUUGUCGUGCGCGCCAAGGGCCCACUGCAUGCGCGCAUGGAGGCGGUGUGUGCGGGGUACGCCAUAACGCAGCUGCUCGCCAUGAAGCUCUCCCCGCCCGUCGUUGACGCCGUCGGUGUCCCCCACCCCCACGGCCCCCACGCUGCUGCGGCUGGCGCUGCUGGUAUGGAUGCUGCUGCUGCUGCUGGCAGCAGUGGGGGCAGCAGCAGCAGCGGGGGAGUGGAGGGGCCAGGGGUGGGAGAGGAGGGAGUGAGGCAGCUGCGGCUGGCGGUGCUGUGGCAGCCGGACAGCGGCGUGUGGGACGCUCACUUCCACCACCUCUUCCUGCCCCUGCCGCUCUCGCCCUCCCUGCCUGACGACCAUGACGCACCACACAACGGGUCACAUAACGACCCACGUGCUGCGGGUGCAGCGACGGUGGCAGUGCUGCAUGAGAAGCCGCUGUGGCUGCACUCGCCACUCUACGCUGAAGGAAGGCUGGAUCUGGAUAUCGUACCUGCUCCGCCACAGUCCCCGCCACGUCAGCAGCCACCUCAGCAACCACAGCCACAGCCACAGCAGCAACCACAGCCGCAGCCAGGUCAGCCCCAGCCACAGCACAACCCGCACGGUGCACAGCAAGCACCGUGGCUGGUGGAGCAGCCGCCCGUCCCCUUCCCCACCCACCCUCACACCACUCGCCGCCGCCUGCUAAGCACCGGCGCCAACAGGGUGGGCACCGGCACUGGCACUGGAAGGGCGCGCUCCUCCCAGCAGCUCAGCAGUGCCCGCCUGGCGUCUGCCCGCCUGCUCCUGUCGCCUGCUGGGUCCUCCCCUUCCGGCGAUGAGCCUGGCACGCAGAGCAGUGGUGGGCGGAGCACUGAAGGGCAGAGCACGGGGCGAAGGCGACUGGCAGAAGCGGCAGGAGGCAGCACAGGAGGCACAGGGAGCAGCAGCGGCGGUAGCAGCGGUGGUGGCGGUGGCAACACGGUAUCUGUUAGCCUUCACCUGCUCUCGUCCCUGCGAAACGCUGCUACGAGCAUGGAGGUGGCGCCAGGGUCAGAGGAGGCGAUGGAGCUGCAGGCGUCAAUGGUGGAGUGCUACGGCAUGCUGCACCCCUCGCCUGCCGUGCAAGAGUUGGUUGCACGGGAGAACCUCACCCACGUGCAGCGCAGCACUGCCGUGUACAUGGAGCCGGUGCUAUCAGGGUGCACGGGGUGCGAUGUGAAGCAGGUGGUGAACUGCACGGCGCGGCGCCUCAUGUGGCUCUUCCUCGCGCACCCCGCCACCGCCACCACGCUCGCCGCCUUCUGGCCCUCGCACGCCCUCGCCGUCGCCCACACCUUCCACCCCGCCCGCCAGCCACACCUCCUCCGCACCACUCUGCACCGCUCCGAACAGUGCCGGCCGAACCCGCAGCGCGGGGAGCUGGCGGCGCCGGCCAUGGUGCCGCACCCGUGGACGCCGAAGCAGAUCGCAGAGAAGCGGCACCGCGACGACAUGGCCAGGAAUGUGAGUCGCGCCGAUGCUGCUGCUGCUGACGUGGCGAAGAGCGUGGCGAGUCGGAAGGAGCGGAAACAGUGGCUUGAUAAGGUGGUGAAGGAGCAGCUGGAGGAGGAGAAGCGGAGUGCGCGAGGCACGGGCGAGGGGGGAGGGGACGAGGGGAGCGGGGCAGGAGCAGGAGAGGAAGGAGCGGGAGGAGGGGAGGGAGGGAGUGCGAGCUUCAUUGCAGGUGUAGACGGGCCCGAGGGAGCGGGAGAGGCCGGGGGGAUGGACGCGAAGGGCGAUGCACGGAGGGAGCGAGUGCUGGAGUUUUUGCAGAAGAUGUACGGGCCGGGCAUGGGGGCGCGGCAGCUGGGCAAGACGGAGGGCGAGCAGAGGCGGCAGAUCAGGGCGAUGCUGAAGGAGCUCAUGGGGCGCGACUGGAAGGCCGUGCUGGCGGGGGAGGAGGAGGGGGAGAAGGAGGGCGAGGGGGACGGGGACGGGGAGGGGGAAGGGGAGGGGGAGGGCAAGCAGAAUGCUUUCAGUUUAGUGAGAUUGCGGCGGUUGCUGCAGACUGAGUUGAGGGAGGGUGGUGAAGAGAUGGGAGAGGUGAAUGAGCCGCAUGCAGGCGAGCGGCAGCAGGAGGAAGGGAGAAGGAAGGUGAAACAGCAUGAGCAGCAGCAAGGCGAGACAAGAGAGCAGCUGAGGAAACAGAUGGAGCUGGCAGAGAGAGAAAUGGCUGAGAGGGAGUCGAGGGAGAGGGAGUUGGUGCAGAGGGAGUGGGAGGGGCUGGACGCGAAGCAGAGGUCGAUCCGGUGCUCCCAGCUGGAGGCGGCGGAGCUGUUCGCGCUCUCCCACGCGCCACGCCUCAUCCACCUGCACCACUCGCCGCAGGCCGACUUCCUGCACGCGCAGGCCAUAGCCCGCCGCACCCAGGAGGCUUCGCAGGCUGCGGGUGGUGCGGUGGGGAGGGGGGAGCGCGGCGGCGUGGGGUGGGUGGGGGCGAUGGCGGAGGGCGUGGAGCGCGGCGAGGAGGUGGGGUUUGUGAGAGAGGAGACGAUUUGCCAGGCACCGUCGACGAAGCCGAUCACGAAGCACCGCAUAGGGCACCAGCUGAUCGUGGAUGAGGGCAUAGGCCUGUUGUACUGCUGGGUGCCCAAGGUGGCGUGCACGAGCUGGAAGGUGUGGCUGAGGCAGCAGCACCACGACACGCACAGCAACGAUCUCCUCUCCACGCACUGCCCCUUCGCCUCCAACAUCACCGAGCUGUGGUACGCGCUCACGGAGCCGGCAGCCAUCCGCGCCGUGACGCGCCCCGACCUGCUGCGCUUUGUGUUCGUGCGGCAGCCCUUUGAGCGCAUCGUGUCCGCCUACCUCAACAAGCACGUCGCGGGGGGCGGGCCCGAUGGAUGGGGCCGCAAGUUCUGGAACCUGAACUUCUUCGGUCAUCUGGCGUACUUCAGGCAGAUGAACAACCGCACGGGCGGCAACUUCACGUUCCCCGAGUUCGUGCGCCUGGUGGAGUAUGGCAUGCGCUUUGACAGGCGCAAGAACAUGGACAACCAUCUUGCUCCUCAGUCGCUGCUGUGUGGGUUGGACCGAAUAAGGUACGACCUGGUGGGGCGCUUUGAGCGCAUGGAGGAGGACGUCAACGCCGUCAUGACGCGCCUCGGCCGCCAGCCAGGCGACGCGUUUGACUUUGGCAAGAAGAUCCACCCCACCAAGUCAAGAGACCAGCUGCUGCAGCUCUACAGUGACGCUGUUGCUGUUAGGUUGCUUCCCAGUUGCUUCCACCGAAGGUGCCACGGUAUCGCACUGCUGUGUGUCAUGGUGCUCUCUGCUGUCCUUUGCCCGCACGCCAUCACUGCCAUCACCCACCUGGGAUCCCCCAUGCCGCCUCCACCUGUCACCAUGUGGGCAUCGCCCAUGCAGGCGACGUAUUUCAAGGUGAAGAGCACGUACGAGGCGGACAUGGAGGAGCCCUUCAACGCCAUCCACUUCCACCCGCCGCCAGAGCUGCAAGACAAGUUUGAACCAAAGCCACGGCAACCACAAGGACCCAUGAGAUGA